CAAUUUUGAAGCACACCAUUCUGAAUUUUUUUAAGGUUCUAAAAAUUGAAUUUAGUGAUGUACAAACUUUAAUAUGACUUUAGAUAUUCAGAAAUCUUCGCUGAUCCAUGUUCACCCUUGGGCUUUCAAUUUUUUUUUUCCCCACACCAUUUGCUCAACCGUAGUAAUCCCAAGUAAUCAAAAGGGAUUCAAAGUAAUAAAAAUAGAGGUUGGACAGUUGAAUUGAAAGGUUUUAUUUACUUUUUCCUUCUCCAUUGAUUGAUUAUACCUUUUUCCACCCUUCUUCAUAAAUCAUACUUUUUCCUUUUCCAUUGAUUGAUUAUCCCUUUUCCAACCUUCAACAAACAGUCACUUAUCAAACUCAGUCAUAUAUGUUCACAUUUUUCUGCUGUUAAAAGUUGCAACUUUAUCGGUUAUAAUGGAGCAACGAAGAAGAAGAGUAGUCCAUAAUGGAUGUGGGGAUCAACAUCGUCUGAUCGACAGAAUAAGCAUUCUAUCCGAUGAUAUAUUGUUGUCUAUAAUGUGCCACUUGACUUUUAGGGAAGUUGUUGCUGCUAGCAUACUUUCUCUUCGGUGGAGGUACUUGUGGACCUUCUCACGAACCCUAGAUUUUGAUGGCUUGCAAUCACUAGUGAAGCUGGUUUUUUCUGUAGGAAAACUGAGUUUGAACCUCGAUAAAGCGAGGCUGAAUUACGUCACGUGGGUCGAUCGUGCCAUAGUAUCGCAUAAAGAAUCCACCAUUGACGAACUCCGUGUAUUCUUCAACUUAAGUAGAACUUACACAAGUUCAAUCGAUAAAUGGCUUAGAUUUGCUCUGGCCAAGAAGGUUCAGAGGCUCGAGUUGAAUUUGACAGACAAUGCUUGCUUCAAAAGCCGCACAUAUAAUGAGUGCUAUGAUUUUCCAUAUGAGCUUUUGUUUUGCAACUCGGGUGCUGAUUUCAAGUACCUGAAAAGGCUGUCUUUGAAUUAUGUGAACGUGAAUGGUGAAGCCUUGGAGUUCAUCUUACGCAUAUGUCCUCUCCUUGAGGACUUAUCUGUUGCACAAUCUGGAGAACUCAAGAUUCUGAAGAUAACUGGACCUUUGCCAUCCUUGAAACGUGUGGGGAUAUACUUAUGCCACAAGCUUCAGUCAUUUCAGAUUCGUGAUGUAAAUAUUGUUCAUCUGACGUACUAUGGCUCAAGUGUACGUUUUUUUCUUGAGAAUGUUCCUCUACUUGUUGAUGCUUGCAUUGGGGGAUUGAUCACUGAACACAGGGAAGUUGUCCUACAAUUGCUUUCAACCUACCUCCCAAAAUUAGAGCGGCUCAAGCUAGAUAUUUUAAAUGUGCAUUGUUGGGCGGUAAGGUUGCAAUACCUGUUUUUUCACCCUAAAUUGUUCUACUCCAAUGUAAAAAUGAGCAGUCUCAAGCAAUUAGUGGUGAACGUUGGGGUGACUGGUGGCUACUCUCUUUUGCAGCUGGCUAAUUUAAUUUGCAUGUCACCUUUCUUGCAAAGUUUUGUACUAAAGGCAUAUCGUGGUGAACCAAAGUUUGUCAAGAGGAAGAUGGAAAAAGUUGUGAGUUUAUAUCCUCACCUCAAGGAGUUAAAGUUUGAGGGAUAUUGUGGUGAGGUAAGUGACCUCGAAUUUAUUAUGCAUUUCAUGGAGAAUGCUGCUUUACUGCAAAAUAUUGUUAUCGAUCCACGCAAACCUUGGUCGUCUACUUAUCAGCAAGCAUUCCGCUAUAAUGGUGCGUUUCGGCAUGAAAUUAUCAAGGAAGAAGAGGAAGCAAGGUCUCGUGCUGCGGAGCAACUUACACAUAAAGUGCCUCGUAACAUAUAUUUUGAGAUCCUAUAAUUUUGUUAGUUGGUUUAUUUUAUGUUUCUUACAUUGUUUUGUCCUUUGUGAUCAAUAAAAUAGUUUCAUUCGUUGCUCCUUAAGACCUUAGUAGAAUGAGAAGAUUUUUUCAUAAAUGUCCAUUUUAAAAAAUAUUCUCAAACAAUC